UCGGCGGGAAUUCAGCAUACCUAAAGUUCUAAAUUGUGUUCUCUAAAAUCGUGCAAAAUGUUCAAGUUUCAAGUGCUGUCCGUCCUGUUGAUAGCAGGAGCUGCUUUGGCCGAACCACCGGUAGGGUACUCAUAUUCGACCCCAUCAUUCAGUAGCGGUGGUGGUGUUGGAUUGGGCGGUGGUAUUGACGGUGGAAUCGGUGGAGGAGUUGGAAGUGGUUUUGGAGGAGGCUCUGUAGGCGGUUUUGGCGGGGGCUCUGGAGGUGCUAUCAGCGCUGGCAGAAUCAUCAUCCUCACCGCUGAUUCGGGAGCUGGAGUAGGCGGAGGACUCGGUGGAGGUGCCGGAGUUGGAGGUGGAUUCGGCGGGGGGGCCGGAGUAGGAGGAUUCGGCGGUGGUUCUGGAGUAGGAGGAGGAUUCGGCGGUGGUUCCAUUGUUGCUACCAGCGGAGGAGUUGGUGGAGGAUUCAAUAGUGGAGUCGGUGGAGGUUUUGGCGGUGGAAUUGGCGGUGGAGUUGGUGGUGGAGUCGGAGGUGGAGUUGGAGGUGGAGUCGGUGGUGGAAUUGGCGGUGGAGUUAGUGAGGGUAGAAUCAUCAUCCUUACCACCGGCGGCGGCUCAAGUGGCGGAAUCGGUGGUGGGCUUGGCGGUGGAGCCGGUAGUGGAUUCGGAGGCGGAGUCGGUGGAGGCCACUCGAGUUAUGCUGCCGCUGCCCCAGUCGUUUCUGCACCAAAAGCGGUUUACGGACCACCUCACGGUCGCUAA